UCUGCCUGCCGCCACCCGAAGCCCCCUCCAGCUCAACCCUGUAUGCCUUCCCACUCCCCAUACCGGACUCCAUACUUUUGUCCCGACGCGAACUCUCACGCCAAAUUUUUCGGCCCCGCGGCGGGGCAGGACAACAAGGGCAGGCCGGGGGGGAAAGGAGACCGUAUGAUGUGGAUCUGGUACCUUCUGCUUGGUUCGGGGUCAGGCUCAAGAACUGUUGAGAGCCAGCAGCUCCCAGGGAAUAACUUCACCACAGAGUGCAACAUCCCUGGAAUCUUCAUGUGCGGGGAUGGGAAGUGUGUCCCAGGCGGGUGGCAGUGCGACGGAUUGCCCGACUGCUUUGACAAGAGCGACGAGAGAGGCUGUCCUAAGGUCAAGUCAAAGUGCGCCCCUACAUUCUUUGCCUGUGCUAAUGGUGUCCACUGCAUCAUCGGACGCUUCCGCUGCAACGGCUUCAGUGACUGUCCUGACGGGAGUGACGAGGAGAACUGCAGCAACCCAUUGGUGUGCUCGGAGGUUCGCUUUAAGUGUCGAAAUGGCCACUGUAUAGACCGCAGCUUCCUGUGUAACGGCCAGGACAACUGUCAGGACAACAGCGAUGAGGAGCGCUGUCUAACUACAGCAGAAGCUCCAGGGCAGGACUUUGUAACUCUUGACUAUCGUCUACGCUACUACCCCAGCAUCACCUACGCCGUCAUCGGCAGCGCCGUUAUCUUCGUCCUGGUGGUGGCGUUGCUAGCCUUGGUGCUCCAUCACCAGAGGAAGCGGAGCGUCCUGCUGCCCAGAGGCGUAAGAGGAAGCUCGCACCACCACCACCACCAGCCCCUGCUGCUGUCCCGUUUGGUCAUUUUGGACCGGGGUCAUGUCCAUACCGGAGGUCCAGGCCUCUCCCCCGGCUCCCCCACCGCAGCGGGACAGUACAGCUCAACUCCUCAGGCACUACGUCUGCUGUCGGGGACACUUUAUCCUUCCGGACUCUCCAUGGACUCACCUCCAUCAUACUCACAAGCUGUUCUGGAUGUCAGUCGGCCUCCCUGGUUUGAUCUCCCUCCUCCCCCGUACCUCUCAGAUGGGGAGCUUCCAUCCGAGGGCGAGCUGCCUCAAUACGAGGGCCCACAGGACCCUUUGAGCCACCCCACAGCGCACCCCUUUGCACUUUCCACACCCAGAACUGUGGCCUCAGGCACGCAGCCGAGUUUGAGCUUCAGAGAAGAGUCGGACCAGCUGUAGCUUCUCUCUUGGUGGAACUAGUUAGAACUCAGAGACUGCAGGACUGAAGGAGCAGGCUGCAGGGCCGCGAGGCCACGAGAGUCCACAGCAAAGACCUGCUUAGAAUCAACAGAGACUAAGAGACUAAACAGUGUCCUAAACUAGCUGCCUACACAUCGGCCGACUGUAGCACUGGACUGAGACAAGCUCGUCCUGCCAGACUGAUGUUGUAUGCUGGCUCCCCCUACUGGGGUCCCGGCUGCACUACACCUUAAUCAGUUACACAUUCAUCCAUGUCUCAACAGUUACGUUCAGUUGAAUUGUGCUCCCCUUGAAGAAAUACUUUGUAUGAUACCCAACAGUGACCACAGCCUGCAUCUCCAAAGAAGUUAGAGUUAAAGAGUUAAACCAACAUUCAUUAUUAGCAUAUUCAUUAACAUAUCAAACAUGAUAGCAAAAUGUGGCACCUGAAACUGUCAUUGUGGUAUAGUGUAUUCAUGAUGGAGUGGUGCUAUUCUCCUUUGUGUAACAUACUUAGACCGCGUCAUGCACCAUUUUGCAAUACUCCUAACUGUACGUCACAUUUCACAUCCACAAUGUUCUCCAUGGUGGGCUUUAUAAGAGCUUUGUCUUGUGUUCAAAUGUGUAAAACACCUGAAUGCUAGAUAAGGUCUGUACUGUUGAGGAUUACUGCUACAUUUGAUGACUUAAUGUACAUUUUAGCAACGGGCAUGUUGAUGCCUUGUCCUUCCUUAAGUCCAAAUGAAGACGAUGCAGUAGUGUUGUGUAGAGGUUAAUAGUUUAACAGAAACACAUACAGUUAUGAUAUAAAGAGCAGCUCAAUCAGAGUGUUGUUCAGUGUUGAUGUGAACAAUGAUCUGGUAAUACGGCUACAGUGGUGGUUAUAGUGCAAAUGAACAUUUUGUAACUUCUUUAGUGGUACUUCAAACUAAACUCAUAUGAGUAAAGUGUUUCCACUGAGUUGAAACAUGUAAGAGACUUUCCUAGAGGAGCAUUGGAGGUCUUGUGCUUUUAAAAAAAUAUAUUUUCCACAAUAUUUCUUGUUGUCAUUUGGGUAAAUUCAAGCUACAAAUGUGAAAAAGGACCAUUGAGAAUUUGUUUUAAAUAAUGCCGAGCAGAAAAUCUAUAUAUAAGUAUAUAUCAUUACCAAGCGAGUUUCAUAAAUCAUUCCUCUAAGCAAAACAAUCACCUCUGUUGGCAAAGAUAACUUUUUAUUACAUUUCUGUUUGAAGACCAAUAGUGUUUUUAUGUAGACACAAAAAAGAAAUCCAAAUGAUUUAGUUGAGGCCUUAUUGUGUGUCCUAAGUACCUUUGUGAUAUGUUUGGGCACCAAGCGCCUAUUUAGAACCUCUGAAACCAGCCGCCGGGUAAUCUCACACGACAACAUAUAAGAAAAUUAUGUCUUGGAUCAGAUUGUUUUCAUUUGAAUGUAUAUAACUCUGUGUCAUUCUGGAAAAUCAUCCUCAUUAGCAUUAGACAAUGACUGAUGAAUCCACAUCUGAAGGAUCUGUGUUUAAAAAUUGACCUUUGUUCGUUCAUUUUAAAAUGUUCAACACUGUACAUAGGAGAUAGGAUGGUGAAUAAAUCUAUUUAAAAGUAGACUUUAAAGUGAGAGAUGAAUGUAAAUGUAGUCGUGCUUUGCAUCUUUCUUUUGCUCCAGAGCCAGCCGUAAUAAUGCAGGCACAAGAAAAACAAACCAAAGAUAAUCAUUAUUAACCUUAACGCAAGGAUAUUACCCUCCAAAGGAAUGAUUAUGUGUCACACCUGUUUGUACCUUUAUUAUAUUAAAAUGUGUAAAGAUUUAUUGAGUAAAAGAAAAUUCAUGUUAUUUGCUGGAAAACUGGAAAACAUUUCUCAGGACGACAUUAAUACCAGUCCGUCUGUUUUGUUUUAAGGAACGUUUAAGAUCAAAUUCCAUUUAUUUUUCCUCUGAUUUGCUCUCAUGAGGUUAGUUAUUUACAUAUUUGUGACAAUCUUUUUAUCCCUUGUAUUCUGUAGCCUACAUUGAAAGUAAUAUACAUUUCUGAGAUCUUG